GUGAGAUCGUACGACAGAAACGCUGCCAAGCCACCCGGCCAGUACUAGACACACGUCUGUGAGAGCAACACGCGCGCGCCACAAAGCGCGCCAUUUUGAAAACGCGCGAAGCUUUGCACGCGUGAAAACUUUUUUCGUGUGUGAGCCCGCCAAGCGUUUCGUUCCGAUUCGCGUUAAAUGUGCAAUUUAAUAAUGUAGUGGAUAUUUUUUUUUUGUGAGGUGUCUGUGGAUUGUUCACUUGUUUUUUUUUGCAGUCCGAAUUCUGGACAGAUUGAAAAUGGAACUCAAAUCACCAAAGGCGAAAAAAAAGUCCAGUUUCGCGAAAUUAGUGUCGUGGGGUAAAAUGUGCCGUACUCCCAUACUAAUUCUGUUCCUAUUGGGCAGCACUAGCUGUGAUGACAGCGAAACAAGUGACGACGUGACCUUUUACGCGCCAAAAAACAUUACAGUUUUAAAAAACAAAGAACACUCCGCGAAUGUUCCGCAUUUAAGACAUAGACACACGAGUGUCAUACAGCCAAACUUUAACGUUAGUGAGAAAGAAGUUUUGAAUGACAUUAAAUAUUUAAGGCGACACUUGAAUAAGGAAAUAGUAAAUUUUGUGAUGACUGACUUCUUGGUGGAUGGUGAAGUUGAGAACCGUAUACAUUUCAACGGUAUAACAGCGAAGGAGACCUUUGUCGGAGGCGACGGAAACGGCCUGAAACUUCGUCAGCUGACCGACGGCCGCCAUCUUGUCCAGAUGAUUUACGCUCCAAAUGGCGAGAUACAAGAUUGCGAGUUCAUAACGCAAAGGAAAAAUGCCAGAAACUUCCUUAAGAGCCUGAGGAAAGAACUGAAACAGGCAUUAGACGAAGAGGGGUAUAGAUUAUCACAAAAGAAAACUAUUGUAGAGAGCGAAAAAUUUUUUCGCCAUUUUCGCAACAUGACAGUUCGCUUGCUCAAGAAAGGGGAGGGAUUGCCGCAAGAUGUCGCCAGUUGGUUCCAUUAUGACAGAUUAAAAAUGAAAUGCAUACAUAGGCAUCAGGAACUGACUUAUAUGAUGGAAAAUAGAAAUAAAGUCGGGGAGAAUUCUCUGGCUAGACCGAAAAGGGACGCGAUGGAAGUCCUUCGCGUGCCAGGGACCAAGUGGUGUGGCAAAGGUUACUCCGCCACAAGAUAUUCGCAGCUCGGCGGCUACACGAGAACUGACAGGUGCUGCAGAACACAUGACCUUCGAUGCCCCUUCUGGAUCGGGGGAAUGGAGAAAAAGUAUGGAGUGUACAAUUGGCGCAUUAACACGCUGAUGCACUGCCGAUGCGACGAAAGGUUCCGAGCGUGUCUGAAGCUCGCUGACACAUCCGUCUCCAACAUGGUGGGCAAGCUGUUCUUCAACGUAGUGCAGACCAAGUGUUUUGUCCUGAAGCCGGUUAAGAUCUGCACCCAGCGCUCCUGGUGGGGUAAAUGUCUGCGGAGGGGCUACACAAAGCAGGCUUAUUUGCGGGACAACAUGCCUUAUUAGAAGCGCAACAAGGACUUAUUUACUAUACGUGAAAACUUACUUAGAAUGUGUUCUGGGGCGACACUAAUAAGACGAUUAACAAACUCGCCAAUUCUGUGGUCUGUAAUAGUUGGUUCACAUCCGGUCUCCGAAGAAGGUGUGGACCUCAGAAGUAGCAUUAAAAAGUUGGUGAAGACAUUGUCCUAUUAAGAUAAUUUCAAGGAUUAAGUUACCGUUUGUGCAGACUUAUUCAGUGUUGUAACGUGGAAUAGUUAUUUUUGAUAUUAGUGCGGUAAGCUGGUUAUUACAAACGAGUAGACGAAUGUAAGCCUAACGAGACAAAGUCGAGGGCUUACUAUAGUCACGAGUUUGUAAAUUCCAAUUCCACACGAAUGUCAUACAACUUAUUUCAACACAUUUUCGAGAAAACAGUACCUAUACCUAUUUAAUUUAAGAGCUCGUAAUGAAAAUGUCGUAUUAAAAUUGUACAUGAAAAUUUUCUGAUAACAGGUUACUUUUUUGACAUGUUUGGCAUGAUAAAUUGUGGUAAAGAGCUUUUAAUUAUAAUUUUACACCAUAGAACACCUUGCCAACUAAGUUUUGUGGGGCGUAUGCCGUGAGAAACAGUUAGAUGUGUGAAUGUUUCUCCACCGCUUAUUAAACAACUAAAUCUGUAACCAAUUGACUUCUGAAUGCCUUAUAAAAAUAGGUAAUAGUACAUUAUAUAUUUCUGUGAAUAAACAAGUGACUUAAUUCUCAUUAUUAUUUUUUAUAAAUAGCAAAAAUCAUUAUUAAUAUCCGAGUAAAAAAAAAUACGUAAGUAAGUAAGGUAUUGGCACCGAUAGUAGCCAUGCCAUGAGCAGCGCUUUUUUUAUGAAAGUCCCGCUGCUAAAUGUGGCAACACCGAGCGUCUUUAGCUCAGUGUUGCCAUAUUUAGUAAUGAGUUGGAUUUUCUUGUUUUCAUUGAUCAUGGAAGAAAAUGUCAAUCAUUCGUUCUUGUCAGUCAUUGGUACGACUACCUUAUUCUGUUCAAAAGAUUUUGUCUUAAUAUCUUGGUGGGUGUUACAAUUCUGGAAAUAUUCGAUGUUAAUCUGGGGAAAGGAAUUUCUUUUUUGUACAUUGGCAAUAUUUCUAAUUCUGGUGGUCUUUAAUAAGUAGUUGUUUAAGACGCGGGCCCUAAAAUUGUUUGCAUUAUUCUAACUAAUUUCAAUCAUUCGUUUCCUAUCAAUAAAUUUAAAUAGCGUAAUAUUCAAACGUUUAUUAUUAUUUUUUUGUUAAGAGGGCGGCAAUCAUCUGAUGUUAAAUCAGGCGGCCAUAAUAGCUUAGAUACGCUAACGAUACACUACGCAGUGGUAUUAGAUUGCCUUGCAUAUUUAAUAAAAUAAAAUAAAAGGACAAAGCAAAAAUCAGAAGCUUUUUAAGAUGUUUUUAUGUAUUACUUUUCGAUUUUAUUAAAUAUUAUAAAUUGAAAAGCAAUAACUACGCCUUAUAUUGUAACAUAUUUUUUAGGCGUCUUGAACAUGUAAAUUCUUCUGAAUGUAAAUAAAACUUUAGGUACGUAUUGUAAAAAAAAAUAGAAAUGGACAAAAAAUCUUCUUCCACAUUUAUUCGUCUUUGUAUAUAUAGUGUUCUAUAUAUAAAACAAACAUGUUACAUAGUUACCUUAAGGUAUAUAACUUCCUUGGUCUAAAGUCUUCUCCAUACCUGCGCGAAGCUUCGGCUUUGGUACUAAAUGGGCUAAAAUUUUCGUUCAAAACUUGAAUUAGUUCUAUCCCGAUAAUUAUCGGGCUGCAUAUCUAUAAAGGCUAGACGAUAGCUACACUGGCGAUAAUUUGACACGCAUAAUGCCGAAUUACAUUUGGUCGUGAGCCCGAAUUCGGGUGCAUGAAAGACAUUACUCGAAUUCAGGCACCCACAGUGCUUAAAGACGAAAGUCUUCAAUCAGUGCGUCCUACCUGUGAUGACAUACGGAGCCGAGACGUGGACACUGACGGUACGGCUGGUCCACAAGUUCAAAGUCGCUCAGCGCGCUAUGGAAAGGGCUAUGCUCGGCGUUUCUCUGAAGGAUCGCAUCAGAAAUGAGGUAAUCCGACAAAGAACUUGAGUUAUCCACAUAGACCACCGGAUUAGCAAGUUAAAGUGGCAGUGGACUGGCCAUAUUUGCCGAAGAACCGAUAACCGUUGCGGUAGACGAGUUCUGGAGUGGAGACCGCAUCUAGGCAAACGUAGUGUAGGACGUCUUCAGGCACGAUGGAGUGACGAUUUGCGCAAGGUAGCUAGCAGGAGCUGGAUGUGAGUAGCCCAAGAUCGAUCUCAGUGGCGUGCAUUUGGAGAGACCUAUGCCCAGCAGUGGACUAGGCUAGGCUGUUAAUGAGUCACCCGAAGCAAUAUUUACACGGGAAUACAGGCUGGAAGACGGUGUCAGAUAAACACGACUCGCGUACUCGACUCCGUUCAUUUACACUUAACCGUUUACCCAAAUUCCAUUGGCACUCGUAUUCAGGCUAGCGACCAAGUGUAAUCACGCUAUAAAAGAAGUUCUGGGACUCGAUAAAUUGGGGCGACCCCACGACAACGGAACUAACUAGAGCCGAGGUUCGAGUCUCUGGGACGCCCUCUAGUUGAGCCGAUCCUCUCAGGUUCCAGUGGUCUAGAGGCUCCAGACGGAGAGGAGACUCCCCCCGUGGGGAGAUGCCAUCCGCCUGGAAUACCUCUAGAGGAACUCGCCAAUCGGCUUAAGGUCCCCUUAGGAUCUCGCCGUCCCCAAACCCGGUGACGCUGUAAAGGUCAUCUGCGACAAACAGCAUACAGACUCAAAAAAUACACAUAUAUAUAUUUGUAUGUGCAACUGAAGGAGCGUACUUAACUUUACUGAAGGAUAAGCGUAAGUACAUAACAUAGAGCACUAAAAAUUUGAAUCUCCGACACCCAAUUCAAUAUUUUUUUGUUAUAGGAGCGACUGACAAAAACAUUUUGUAGUAAGUAUUGUGUAAAAUUAUAGUUGUAAAAUUUGUUUUUCUAUAAAAAAAUAAAUUAACUAGUAAGAAACGUGUUUUGAGUCGUACCUAAGUACUUAUUUACCUAAAAGUUUUUUAUGUUGUAAAUGACAGAUGCUUCUGUGACGUCAUAAGACCUUGAGGUGAUGGUGGCAUGUAAGGUUAAGAUUACACUAGGGUAGACUAUAUAAUGAUUGGUCCUUUAAGCGGAAUUCUUCUUUUAUUUUGUCUGUAGUAAACCAAUAUUACUUUUCUAUUAAAUACAGUUCCACAAUGUUAUUAAAUAGGGUUUAAGUAUCAAAAUGAAACGACUUUAAAAUGCUCAUGUUUGGUAUACUAGAGAUUAUAGAACAGAAUGGCACAUCAAAACUUUGAUGUAUUUUUGCAGUUUAGGUGAAACUCUGUUAUAUACAAUUUUCAUCUAACUACUUUAAGUUAAAUCUUACUAAUGAUGUCGACAAAAUGAAAUAUUAAGUUAGAAAAACACCUGUUUAAUAAUAUAAUUAUCCUUCAAUGGCUUUAAUAAAGUUGACUUACUUUUUGUAGCAUCUGGGAAUUAAACUUUGUUGAAAAAAAAUGCCAUUUGCAUAACUCAAAUUUCUACUGAAGAUUAAAGAAUUGCCAUCAAAAAAUAAUAAAAAGGUAUCGGGUUCAGUAUUUCGCCAAUCAUUUAAGGAGGGUCAGCAUUACUACAGGUUCCUCUACUUGCAAGAAUUCUCGCUUAAAAGGCAAAUUUGCAUUCACGAAAUUCCGCCGCGAUAGUUAAUAAUAUUAUCUUCUGCUCGUUGUUAUCUUCACCAAAAGGUUUUUAAACAUCACAACGACAAUGUUUUCGUUAAAUUCAACUUUUUUGAAGGCAAAAGAUCUUAAUAUAUUUUUAGUAGAAUCCUACCUAGCGUCCGCCAUAAGUUAAAGUUGAACUUAUCAGAACACAAGUAAUUUCGUGCGACAUUGAUAUUUAGGUUUUAAGAGACUCGUAAGUAUCGUUGUAAAAAUAUAUUCGUGACAAUAUUCGGAGGAAUGCCAAUUUACAACUUAUUCUUUAUUAACAUUUUACUUACAACAGAGUUGCUACGUGUUCGUUGAAUAAUAUGGACUUAAGAAUAUUACCUAAUAAAGACGUAUUGCAGCAAGAUCACAUUGGUUGUAUCGCAAGAAAUGCGACUAUUUGGUGACUAGACAUUUUGCUUAUUUUUCCAUUUAAAUUCUGACUAUUAGUAUGACAAUUUUAUGGCUUAUCAAUUUUAUAAUUAAUUUAUAAUCUACUUUGACAUGCAUGUAACAAUAGACUUUUUCAAAUUUGUAAAUUGUGAUUUUAAUGUAACCAAAAUAAUAAUACCUGUUUCAUAUGUCCAUAUCUAUUUGUGUACCUGUGGAAAUGUAGUGAUACCCUAAGGGCGUCGCCAAGGGGGGGCAGUUGAGUAAGUACUACCACAGAUUACUUAAUUAAGCGAGUUUCUUUGCAGUGUGACUUUAACUUCAUUACACAGUAAUUGAGUAGUAAUAAUAUGAUUGUCUCAGUUUACAAUUUGUCAUUAAAAAACAGUUUUAUUAUAUAAUCAAACUGUUUUUGAAUAUUUAUUGAAAUAUUCCUGUCCUAUUUUGGUUUUGACUUGUUUAAAGAUAAUAGCUACAUAUUAUGAGCGAUUCACUAUAAGAAAUUUUAAAGUCCCAACCUCAUUUUUAUGUUUACAAUUUACCUAGUUUGUAAUAUGGCAUUGUAUUUAAGUACUUCACAAAACGAAUUUGUAGUUAAUAAUAAUUGUAUGAUUAUGUUAAUUAUAUGUAAUUAAUUGGCAAUAGUAUUAUGGCCGAAUGAAUAAAAAUUAUCGUUUUCUAUUUAUUAUUGUAUAAUUUUAAAGUUGAUGUAUUCAUUUAAAUUGGUGUACUCAGAGCACGAACCAAUAUCGAAUUCAAAUAGUUGAAUUCUAUCUCGUCAAGCGGAAAAUGUCAAGAAGUUUUGUAUAAAAAGAAUUUAGUUCUCGUUACGCCCGUUGCGGCGCCAAGGAUACUGUACCCUUACCACGAAACAAAAUCGAAUUCGAAUAGUUUGCGAGUUCUAAAUGCCAAUGUCGAAUGAGUAGAUGCUGACUUCUUGUUCUCGUUACGUCCGUUGUGGCGCUGCUGUUCAAGUUUCCAUACAAAAUUUGACAUUGACAUUUCGGUUUGCAAACUAUUCGAAUUCGAAAAUGGUUCGUGCUGAACUUCGCUUGCGAGUUUGGCGACGAUAUGGUUGGGCUUACUGAAAUAAACUUAAGAUUUCUUUUACUUACAAGUACUUACAUCCCCCUGUAUUCUACGAGUUUGUACCCCACUCUUAUCUACUAAUUCACACAAACUAUUUGAAUCUUCCUAAACAUAUUGUAAAUUGUAAGAAAAUCUUUUAAUUAUAGGUUACUAUUUAGAUACUUUACAGAUAGUGCAAUCCAUGAAGAUGCGCCCACCAAUUUUUGGUUGAAGGAUAAUUACCUAGUGAUAAAAAGAUAAUUACAGUGGAUCCCCGGUAGUCCGACAAACAUUUUGCAGGGCAGUGUCGAACUAUCGAAUUUGUCGGAUUAUAGAGUACUGCCUUACCCCUAUAGUCCGAUGUUUUUUACAACAUCGGACUAUAGGGGGUUAUAGGCUAUAGGGGGGACCUUGCAAUCUGACAAAUUAAAGAUCCAAUGAUAAGAUUACAAAUCAUACUUUGUUAUGUAUGUCAAAUUUAGUAAAUUAAACAACACAAUAGAAAGAUUACGUUUUAUUAUAAAAGUAACGUCAUUAAUGCUAUAGAUUUUACAAUAAAAUAUAAAAAAACAAUACCCUACGCGUCGAGCACAAUAGUGAUGGUUCGUACAAGUUGUAACUUGUUCAAUCGUGAAUUAGCGAAUACUUGUAUGUAAUAGACGAUGUCGGAUUAUAGGGGGUGCCGCAUUAGCCAGGGGCCGGAUUACCGGGGCUCCACUGUAGUUAAUUAUUAUAUUAUUUAUUAUUAUCAUAGAUAAUUAGUGUGUACCGAUAACACUCAAAUAUUAACUAUAUACAGAUUUACUAUAAACGAUUAGGAGGAAUAGUGGGGCGCGUUUUCGUGGAUUGCACUAUCUGUAAAAGUAAAUACAUAAUAUAGGUGUAAGAUUUAGGCGAUAAUUCUCAGAGUUCCUCUUUGACAAUAUAUAAUUAUAAAUAAUAUUAAUAUAAUGUGGUGUAAGUAAAUGUAGUUGUAUGUAAGUAGUAAUUUAUGUAGUAGGAACAUAAUUAAGUUUACCGCAAAAGCGGUUAGUUUAACUUUGAGAGGCAACUUUUACCAAAACUGGGGAAUAGUUUAGCAGCAUUACAGAAAUAAGUUUGUGCUGCCAUCUAUACUUAAAAGUUUGAACUAGGUUAAUGGCUCAAGGCUUAACGAGAACAUACGCUGUUUUUUGGUUUGGCAACUUUUAACCUUCCAAGGUCAUAUUAACCAAACCAGCUUCUACGAUAAGUAUUUCUUCGGAGGUUGGUUGAAUUUGGUGUUAGCAUCUGUUAUGUUUCGCGCAAAUGAAUUACAGGCUAGGAGUAGCGUCCAAUUUUUUCUGCCAGCAGUUGGUUUGCGAUAACCUUUAAAGCGUUAUUUGACUUGGCAAAAAUGCCGAGAUCCUUGACCAUCUUACACCAAAAAACCGAGACAGUCUAGGGAUUUUUGCCACGAACGUUGCUCUUUAUAAAAAUCCUGGCAUAAAUCACCAUGGUUUUUUUCCUAAAUGGCUGCGCACGGCUUGUGCAUUUAACCAAUGUCAAGUGUUAAAAAUGUUUACCAAUUCUAUAGCACUUGUGGUCAAAGUAAUAAAUCAAGUCAAAGUAAGGCGGCAGUCAAGUCAAUCCCCCUUUCCCUAUGUUUCAGUAAAUGUGUGGGGAUUUACUGGAACCUCCCCGUGGACUUCUUGCGGGAACGUCGAAAGACACUUUCCGCUAUUUUGUUUCACUUGCCAACACUUGUGCAUGUUCCCGAACACUUAGUGGUUAAUAAUCUACCAGUAUUAGACACUAACAUCCGCCACAACACAAUUUCUAACAAGAAAAACAAAACUGCUACUUAAAGUGACGCUUUCCGAUCGCGCCAAAAAGUCCCCACCAUGGAAUUAUAACUUAAAAUUCGAUGCCAAUCACAUUCUUGUUUAAUUUUUAUUUUUAAAUCUGCGUCUACAAAGAAGGUGGCUCAUUUGCGUGGAAGUUUAUAAUGUCUGUGGUAUGGUAUGGGUAACAGUGUAACCAUUGUUUCUAAUUUCCUUAGCACACGUGUUCCUUUUACAUGCAAGUUAUGCAACCUAUCUUCUUCAGUUUUAUAUUUUUAUAUUGAUUUAUUUAUAAAUAGGCCUAUGUUAUACUCAUUUGGUACUACCUCUUGCGUGACCAAAUGUGUACUCUUUCGAAGUAAUUUUGUAAUGAGACGUCCUUGCUAUCACACAUUCGAGCCUCGUUUAAAUGAUUUAAUUUGAAAUGAGAAUUGAAAUACAUAUUUCAAAAUUUUCUUAAAGAUCCCGUCACGUAAAAAGGUCACUGAGCAGGGAUCUUUAAGAAAAUUUUGAAAUAUGUAUUUCAAUUCUCAUUUCAAAUUAAAUCAUUUAAAGGACAUUAUGACAACCCGGCAUUAUGUGCCAAAGUUGUAUACUUUUUUAAUUUUUUUAUCUGUGUUUCAUAAUUGGGUUACAGUCGCGACUGAAAGUAUUAUAGGCUUUGUUUCUUUUUGUAUUAGUUUCAGGCUUAGAUUAAAACAAAAAGGGAAGAUACGGCAUUCGCGGCUCAAAAGUGAUCCGCUUAAAUUGUGGUCCACGACCAUAAUUCGCUUUAGUCACAAUUUGACAUUCAAACACGCUGCAUGUACACUCAAUAUAACAUAUUGCGUAUAUUCUGUGUAUAUGUCCCGGCAACAUUUUUCAUUCGUAAAACUGUGAAAACAUUUUUUUCUCAAAAAUCACGGUUUGUCGUUGAUUAUGUCUGUUGGAUAAUGUUUAAUGCAUUUCAAAUACGAACUUAUUAGGAACGAAGAAGCUCUAUUGUAAGCGUUUUGCGGCCGCACUCCAGGGGGCCAAUCGUCUAACUGGAUUGCUUUGGAAAACGCUAUCGCUUACGAUUUCAUUUUGUUAUUUCUUACCGCCGAAAUACCUCACGCUCGUUUUCUUUAACAUUGUUAUUACCAAUGCAAAAGAAAAAAAAAGAGCGCGAGGCAUUUGAAAACCUCAGGGGGCUAGAAAUAACAAAAUGAAAUCGUAAGCGAUAGCGUUUUCCAAAGCAAUCCAGUUAGGCGAUUGGCCCCCAGGAAGUCAAUUAACAUUUAAGUUGCACUAAAGUUGAUGCUGUCACUUUUUGCGACAACAGUAGACAUGACUUCAUGAAGUGUUAAAUUAAUUUGAUGUUUCUAAAUACGACUGUUAGUGUCGCUGCACACGGGCCACCGACCACAACCACAAAACGCCACCACCAUUUCUUGUAGUGUUCAUACAUUUUAUAUGGACUCGCCACACACGAUACGCCGGUGGCCGCCACACGCUACGCUUGUGGCCCGCACCGGCCACUUAAUGCGCCGAUACAAAACGCCGCCACAUGUCACUCGCGCGAUACCUCACCCCUCUCUCUCUUACCUUAGUCGGCCGCUGUCGCGCGCUUCAACCACUUUAGUAGCCGCUUCUAGCUUCUCGUGGCGGCGUUUGUGGCUGUGGCGUGUGGCCCGUGUGCGGCGACACUUAGGUCCAGUUAUGGAAGUUUUAAAACACCCACAAAGUUAGUAUUUCGUGAAAAGGAACUUCGUUCUUAGUUUGACUAAGGAAGGAGUUUAAAUUGUAUCAAAAAUCUGGUUGUGUGAUGUGAUAUAUGUUUUUGUGUUGAGUGUAGGUGUAUUCGUUGUCGAUAACCAAUAGAUCGAUAUUAUAAAGCCUAAACUGUAUGUAUAAUAAGGGGAAGCUUAAAUCGUGAAUUGUGGUUACCAAUCUUUUAAACUAACUAACUAGGUACUUAAAUCUAAUGGUGUUAUAAACUCAGAAAAAAUAUUAAUAAAUUACAGAUACAGAAGACAUUAAUUAAAUAUCUAUCACAGAAACACCAUGAAAUACUAUAAAUAAUGGAAUACAUUGAAUUACGAUUUUUCAAAUAAUAAUUACUUAAACUUAUAUCUUUACCCUUAGCACGAACCAAUAUCGAAUUCGAAUAGUUUGCGAGUGCGAAUUGUCAUGUCAAAUGUGUAUUAAUUUUUAGUUCUCGUUACGUCCAUGUGGCGCUCUUGUUCAAGUUUCCAUACAAAAUUUUACAUUGACAUUUCGCACUCGCAAACUAUUCGAAUUCAUUAUUGGUUCAUACUAGGGGUAAAUCUUACUUAUUUACAUGUAAAUGGAAGAUAUGUAAAUAAAAUUGCAUGUUAGUAUUUGUCGUGAUAAAGAUGUUUUAAUAUUAUAGAGAUCUUUUAUUUUUGUUUCCAAUAUUACGAAAUAAGUUUUCGAUUAAAUAAAACCACUUGUAAAUA